UCCAGCCACCUAAAAUCAAACCCAAACUAAUGGUCCUGCCUGGUGCAUCACUAGCCGAAACGUCAGGUUGUCAGAUUUAACCAAUUCUAGAAACGUCGAAUCUUCAUUUUCCUCCGAUCCGGAGUAGAACCGCAAUAGAAAGGAAAUAGCAACGCAGAGACUAAAUUUGGACAGCACUGCUUAUUUGGUGCAAUCCGACUGAUCUUUCCUUACCGUGGUUAAGCAAACUUUGCCAGCUUUCAUUGCAAUUUUGUGUGAAGUUUAGCCUGUGCAAAGCGAACGUAAAUUAUCAAGCAAGAAAGAUGUCGGAAAGCGACUGGGACACGGUGACCGUAUUGCGCAAAAAAGCACCGAAAGCGGCCACAUUAAAGACUGAAUCUGCCAUCAAUAAGGCACGUCGUCAGGGAAUACCGGUUGAAACCACACAGAAAUUCAACGCUGGAACCAACAAACAGCAUGUCGCGGCUAAAAAUACAGCCAAACUGGAUCGCGAAACGGAUGAACUGCGUCACAAAACGGUUGCACCGUCCGUGGCCAAGCUAAUCAUGCAGGGCCGACAGGCAAAGGGACUGAGCCAGAAGGAUCUCGCUACGCAAAUUUGUGAAAAGCCACAAAUCGUUAACGACUAUGAGGCGGGCCGCGGCAUUCCAAACAAUCUGAUACUCGGCAAAAUCGAGCGUGUCAUCGGCAUAAAGCUGCGUGGCAAAGAUAUCGGCACACCGUUGAUGCCUCCCGGUAAGAAGUGAGAUGUCGGGAGGCAGUAACACAUUGCUCGUCCGCGCGUGGUUCUUCUCAAUGCACAUGUACAGCAUGAAUACGGCGGGGAGGUCACAUUUAUUAAUUGUAAUGUUUAAGAACCGUGUAGUGGAGCCACCACAACUUCGCGACAAGGUACUGCAGGGAAAGGCCGAUCAGGUGGACGGUCACGUCAGUCGAUAACUUACGGUGUGUGUGAGAGAGAGAACAAGUCCUGUACGAUAGCACCACCGGUACCGUAUGGCGCAUCAUUCGAAAAUAAUACUUAAUACCGCAGCAUACUGGUUCCGCGCACCGCUCCUUCAUGUUUGGAAGGUGGUAAGAGAAAACGCAUUCUGUUUCCUUACACAUAAAAAAAAAGGAAUUAACUUAUAUUUAAAGCGGCAAUUUUGAAGUAGUCUGCACAAUGAUAAACUUGCCUUGCGGUGGUGUGUAUGUGUGUCGCGUUACACUAAUACUGGAUGUUACAACUUUUCCACAUUUAAAUGCAAGCUAAAUUUAAUUGGUACAAAUUUCAGCAGUUCAGCCAAAUGUGUAUUUUUUUUUCUAGAAUAAAACUUCAUUCGGUGUUUUGUUAAUUGAGUAAAUUACUCACGAUUUGAAUGUAGACUACGGAAGCAAUUUUAAGGCAAUGCUGCUGUGCUAAGUAACGGCUUGUAGUCAGUAAGUGGAUUCCGUUUUUUUUAGUUUGUUUGCUUCGUUUUGAAAUAUAAUGUGCGCAUUACUCUCUUCUUCCAAUAUUAAAA